AUGGAGAAUGAGAGAGCAAGAAUGAGAGUGAAGGGGCCUGAGAAGGAGGAGAAACUGAGGCGGGCAGUCAAGCAGGUCCUGAAGUGUGACGUGACCCAGAGCCGGCCGCUGGGUGCCGCCUCCCUGCCCCUGGCGGACUGCCUGCUCAGCACACUGUGCCUGGACGCCGCCUGCCCGGACCUCCCCACCUACCGCACAGCCCUCAGGAACCUCAGCAGCCUGCUCAAGCCGGGGGGCCAUCUGGUGCUCGUGGACGCCCUGAAGAGCAGUUACUACAUGAUUGGGGAGCAGAAGUUCUCCAGCCUCUCCCUGGACCGGGAGGCAGUCGAGGCCGCCGUGAGAGAGGCCGGCUAUGACAUCAAGCAGUUUGAUGUGAUCUCGCAAAGUUACACCGUGGCCAACAACGAAGGCCUUUUCUUCCUGGUGGGGCAGAAGCUGAGCAGAUCUGCGUGA